UAAUAUGCAAGGGACUUUUCCAGUUCUAGAUGUACAGGUAGUACCCGAGCGUUUACAUUUCUUACAUGGGAAAAUGGAUUUCUUCAAACAUUUCCAUGCGAAUAGUAUGGCGGACACACGGAAUAUGUCAGCAUUUGUUUACCACUGUCUAUGUCUUCUGUUUGGGACAUCAAAGGAAGUCGAGGCUAUCAGAGAUGUGAUUUCUGUAAUAAACGCACUGGGACAUAUGAGAAAUUACUCUAUAUUAACAACUGGAAGUCGAGGAGAAGGAUUCAGAACAAUGGACGCAGAUCUAGAUAUUAUGUACUGGUCAGAUGAUUACCGAGUGAUCUGGGAAGUACACGAGUCUCAAUAUUAUAACAAUCUCAACAAAGAACUGAUACUCUGUGACGGUUCAGAAAGCCCGCCAGGAUUCACCUUGUUAUAUCUUCUUUCACAAAUAUCUGACACUGAAAUCCAGGAAGCUUGUGUUAGAAUGAAGAACAGAUAUUAUAUAUCUAGUUCUAAACACAGACAAAUCAAGUGUUCUACACAUUCUCAAAGCUCUUAUCUCCAUGGACCCUGUGUGAGUAGAUAUCAUGGAAUGCUAGAAUAUGAUUUUGCUCACGGCUUUGCAUCGGAUAUUUGGCCCCCAUCUGCUUCCUCAUGGAUAGACAGAAGUCAUUCAUGGCCCCCGCCUCAUAUUGUUGAUGUCAUAGUGAAAAGUGGAUGUCAUUUUGUGGCAAUUGGACAUAAACUAGGAAGACAUGAACAUGAACCUAAUGAAUGGAGAAUUUCUUUCUCUUUAGCAGAACAAAAACUUGUGUAUGCAAUGAACCAUCCCCAGUUCUUAACAUACGGCUUGCUCAAAUUAUUUCUAAAUAGCGAAAUUAACAACGGAAGAGGCGAUGAUGAUAAAUUACUGUGUUCUUAUCAUAUUAAGACGGCAGUUUUCUGGGCGAUUCAACAAAAUACGAUACCCUUCUGGUCUCCAUAUUCUCUUGUUGACAGUUCCUGGAUCUGCUUUAAAAUCAUCCUCAAAUGGGUGUAUGAGGGGGUCUGUCCUAACUUUUUUAUUCCAAGUAACAACAUGUUUCUGAGUAAUAUUCAUGGUGAAGCCCAGAAUGCUUUAUUUACUAGACUUUAUAAGCUUUAUGAGAUGGGUAUACAAUCCAUUCUUGAAACUCUCUCCAUUCCUUCUUGUAAUAAAUGUAUAGAGUUCAUUCGGGGUCCCAGAAUUCUCCUUUGGUCAAAUGAAGAUUUCGAAUUUUCUGAGGCUGAUUUUGAUGUCAAAUUAUUUAGAGAAAUAAACACCCAAGACAGAUUUAUUUAUUAUAAAGUUGGAAAUUUUAUGAAUUUUUUACAUGUAAUAGAAAAGACUUUUACAAUUCCCCUGACUCAGUAUCAUGUCAUUAUGCUACAAAAACUUAUAAGUACUGUCCUCCAAAAUUUGGCAUUUACGGUACAUAUGAAUAAUUAUACACAAGAAAACAAAAUGAAGUACAUAGCUGACAAAAUGUCUCGUCAUAUUCUGAAAUUUGCAGCGAAGUUUGGUUGUAUUUCUGACAUGUUGUUUUUAGCCAUGUAUCAUUACAAGACAUUUAGAUACAGGGAAGCAUUGGCUUUGAUAGAUGUGAUAAAGGUCAAGCUAGCACAGCCAUACGUGAUAUACAAAUCUGAUGUAGAUGAGGAGAAAUAUAGGAAAGCUGUAGGGGGUCAGUCCUGGACUAUAAAAAUGAGAAAAGCUGUAGCAUGGGAUAUCAACCUGAACAAUGACAUUCUUUUCAUCAAAGAACUGAGACCAGAACAACAGUCCAGUCAACAAAACGAUAUGCAUUGCUUAUAUAUACCACCCUUUGUUAUGUUAUACAUGCUAGAAAUUUUUUGCUGUAAACAUAUAGACACAAUCAGAGCAAAAGCAGCUGUUGAUAAUUUAAAGGGCUUAGUUUGCUUUGAUCAGGGACAGCAUAUACAUCCAACCGCUAAAAACAUAUCAUGGCAUAUUUUGGGGAUGUGUCAACAGACGACAGGGAACCUCCGCGAUGCUCUAUUCUCAUACCAACAAUCUCUUAAAGAAGAUCAACUCCACGGUAUACAAAGUGCCACAAAAAUGAGAAUCAUUAUAAUCCAUCUGCGAAAUCACUUUAAAAACAUUUGAAGAAAAAAUUCCCCACUCGAUAGAUUUUUUUUAAAAAUCGGUGUAUAUUUUUUUCAUUGUGAAUUGUAGAGGAAAUUAACUUGAAAUAGUUUAUAACCAAUGUAUUUUUGAUUGUUUGCUCGUAUACAGUGUUGCAUUGCUGUCAAUUGACUGUAAAGGCAUAUGUUUACAAAAUGAAAUGCAAAAAUAAGACAU